AUGUUCUCCCGAACUGCAUUUUCGGCCUUCCGCCCCAUCGCGCGGCCAACAUCUCUGCGCCCCGUCCGCGCCUCCGCGCCGGCCUUCAAACUGCCCUCCAUCCUCCACGCCCGUCUCAUCUCCACCGAGACCAAGGCCGCCAUCGACAAGGCCGUUGGCUCUGCCCCAGUCGUGCUGUUCAUGAAGGGUACCCCCGAGACUCCCCAGUGCGGCUUCUCGCGUGCCAGCAUCCAGAUCCUCGGUCUGCAGGGCGUCGACCCUAAGAAGUUUGUUGCGUUUAACGUGCUGGAGGACCCAGAGCUUCGCCAGGGUGUCAAGGAGUACUCCGACUGGCCUACGAUCCCCCAGCUGUACCUGGACAAGGAGUUCGUUGGAGGAUGUGAUAUUCUGAUGUCGAUGCACCAGAACGGUGAGCUCUCGAAGAUGCUCGAGGAGAAGGGUGUCCUGGUAGCGGCGGACCAAUAA